AUGUUGGAUCUUAUCAGAGACGCAGCGCCAAUAGCCGCAGCGACAGUCGCAGCGGCGCUCGUUCUUGUCGUGCCAUUACUUGUCACUUCAAAGAAAAGCAAGCGUACCAAAAGGAAAAAACGUCGCUCGAAAAGAAUAAGGGAUGCUCCGAAAACUUAUGUUAAUGGCCUAGUCAACCAAGGGAGCAAUACCUGUUUCCUGAAUGCAGUGCUGCAAGCUUUUGCUUCUCUCGAUUACUUGCGAUCCUAUUUAGAAAAACGAGCUUCCUGCCCCCCGCCAGAUAAUACUUCUAAUGUCACGAUCGCUCUUCAGCAUACUCUGUGUCGACUUAACGAACCUUUGCAAAAGCGGCAAUCUUUUCUUCCAACAGAAGUCGUUUGGGCUCUUCGAACUAAUGCGAAAAGCUUACUCAAUCGUGAACAGCAAGACGCACACGAACUGUUUGCUUUGUUGUCGCAAGCGCUGACUGAUGAAGAUGAAGAAUUGCGCCGACCAAAAUCUUUGUUUGACGUGCGGACUGUUCGUUAUAUGACAGGUCACAAGGAUAGUUAUCCAUUCGUACAGAAUUCUGAAAGGAAUCCACUGCUCGGUUUGACGGCCUGCCGAGUAUCUUGCAUGAGGUGCGGCCAUUCUGGUCCAAUUAGGCAUGCUACUUUUGAUCACGUAUCAAUUCCUCUUCCACAAACUUCUAGUUGUACCUUGGACCAAGUGCUUCGGUCUUAUGCUGGUAUUGAAUUUCUCGACGAAUUUAAUUGCCGUCGUUGCAGUUUGUCUGAAACCUUAAUAGCUGUUGAGGAUAAAAUUUUCCAGUUAAAACGAAUCCCAGGAAAAGAAGCAACCAAGCUUAGGCAGAAAUUAGGUGUCGAGCGAGUGCUUAUAAAGAAUGCUUUAGAAAACGAUAACAAUGAAAACCUGGACAAGCUUCUUGAGGCAAUGCCCCUAAAGCGUAUGCCGACUCCAGCAUCAAAGCAAACUAUGUUUGCAAAGCUACCACUAGUUUUGGCGAUACACUUAUCGCGCACUAUUUUCGUUCCUGGUAUGACGGGAUUUACGGGGAUGACUGUGAAAAAUACUUGCCAAGUCAGCUUUCCAGAGAUCGUAGACAUGUCGUCAUAUUCUCCGACGGGCUAUUUAGCAAAUAUGCCGAGUGAAUUGCAUUCCAAAGCAGGAUCACCACUUUCGUCUCCUACAUUAAUAGCAGCUGGAAGUUCGCGCAGUAAUGACCAGCGUUCAAUGCGAAACACGCGGAUCAACUCGUUAACAUAUCGGCUAAAGUCUGUAAUAGUACAUCAGGGUGAUCAUCGCAAUGGACAUUUUGUCACCUAUCGACGGAAGCAUCGAGACAAGAAGUGGUGGCGUACGUCCGACGAGGACAUAAGAGAAGUCGAUUUGGAAUCGGUUCUUAAAGAGGAAGCAUACAUGCUUUUUUACGAAAGGAUAGGUCAAUAG